AUGAAGAAAUUUCAUUACAGAGUUCAAGAAAAAGUAGAGAUCAAUUACCCUCACCGAACUAUCGUGACAUUCUGGACGCGGCAACUGGCGACGAUCAAUCAAACGUACGUGCUAGUUGAGACUAUUUCUCUGAAGGAACGCCUUGUAUUCUACAAACACGAUGUCGAUUUGCUUCUCAAGGUAAAACAUUUCAAUCACGAGAACAUCAAUCCUUUCAUCGGCCUCUCUUACGAUAGUACACAUUUAUACGUGCUUUGGACUCACUGCUUUCGUGGAUCACUUGCCGAGCAAAUUUUUGGACGAAAAGAUGAGCGAGCAACGUUUGAAAACAACUUUCGUGGAGCAUUUGUGAGAGAUAUCUUGAAGGGUUUAGAUUACAUUCAUAACUCGCCCAUCGGCUAUCAUGGAUCUCUAACAGCUGGGCACUGUCUAAUUGACUCUCACUGGAUCCUUAAGGUUUCCGGUUUUGGUUUAUCGCGUAUGCUAUUUCGAAUGAAAACACGAAAAAACAGUAUAAUUUUCGAUCUGCACUACUUUGCUCCUGAAAUUCGAUCCGAACUUCGAGCGCAUAUGUUCUCCAGUAAGUUCGAAGCACUUCAUCUUAGAAAUACUAUUGGAAAGGCUGCGGAUAUGUGGUCUUUCGGAACCAUUUUGUUCGAGAUACUUUUUCGUCGCAAGUACGUUGAUGUUGAGGACUACUAUGACUGUGAAGACGACGUACUUAUAUGUGAAAAGGCAGACGAUCUUUUGGAAGCAAAACCACCAAUUGUGCCAGAAGAUCGUCAAAUCCAUGCUGACCUUCGUGGACUCAUUCAGAAGUGCUGGGACAAUGUGGAAAAUCGACCAGAUAUCAGUCGAGCACGUAAGAUCACAGAUGCCACUUUGAAAAUGUCUGGAUCCCUGGUUGACCAAAUGAUAAAAAAUAUGGAAGAGUAUACAAAUGGGUUGGAAGAACUAGUGAAACGCCGUACGGGGCUGCUAGAGGAAGCUCAAAAAAAGGCGGACGAGCUCCUCUCUGAACUAUUACCGAAGUCAGUUGCCGAGGAGCUCAAAGUAGGGCGAAGAGUCGAUGCGAAGAACUACAAAUCUGCUUCUAUUCUUUAUUCGGAUAUCGUGGGAUUCACAUCGCUCUGCUCAGAAUCGGAGCCGAUGGAGGUAGUGGCAUUACUAAGUGGAAUGUUCCAGAAGUUUGAUCACAUUAUAAGUGUACAUAAUGGAUAUAAGAUGGAAACCAUCGGUGAUGCUUAUUGCGUUGCUUCUGGUGUGCCGAAUCCGAGCAAAACCGAGCAUGUGUCAAACAUUGCAACCAUUGCUUUACUGCAGAGGGAAUUCCUUUACGACUUUAUGAUACCUCAUCGGCCUGGCCAAUACCUACACUGUCGCUGGGGUUUCAACACUGGCCCAGUAUUCACUGGAGUAGUGGGGAUCCGAGCUCCUCGUUAUUCCGUAUUUGGUCCAACAGUCACCAUAGCAGCCAAAAUGGAGAAUUCUGGAAUACCGGAUAAAAUACAAAUGACGCUCAAGAGUCAUCAAAUGCUAUCAGCUCGAUUCCCAGAAUUUAGGUGCAGCUCACGAGGCAGCGUCAAAAUAGAUGGUAUCGGAACCCUCCUGACUUACUGGUUGGACGGCGUGGAAGAUCUUCUAAAAAGUGACCGCACUCCUCGUGAGAAGGAGUUGCCUGUCGCAGCAAGCACAAGUGACGAAGACCCAGAUCCUUACACUUUUCCUCGGGAAUCCAGUCAAGUUAGCUCCGCUAACUCGGUCGUGCCUUUAAUACCGUAG